AUGGCGGCUUUAUUCAAAAAGUAUGGUGUAAAGCACCGUAUAUCAACCACCUACCACCCACAGACAAAUGGGCAAGCGGAGGUGUCAAAUCAGGAGAUCAAGCAAAUUCUAGAAAAAAUGGUAAACCCAAGUAGGAAAUAUUGGAGCUUAAGGCUCAAUGAUGCAUUAUGGGCUUAUCGGACCGCCUACAAAUCCCCGAUAGGUAUGUCCCCUUUUCGUUUAGUGUACGGGAAAGCUUGUUAUCUUCCUGUUGAGUUGGAACAUAAGGCCUUUUGGGCCGUGAAAAAUGUCAACUUUGUCAUUGACAAAGCCGGUAUUCACCGAAAACUCCAACUCCAAGAAUUGGAAGAAAUACGCAAUGAUGCGUACGAGAGUAGUUCUAUAUAUAAUGAAAAGACCAAAGUUUUUCAUGAUAAAAUGUCUUCUCGUAAGACAUUUGUUUUAAGUCAAAAAGUCUUACUUUUUCACGCUCGACUCAAGCUAUUUCUCGAAAAACUUAGGUCCCGGUGGGUGGGACCGUUUAUUGUUACUAAUGUUUUUAAUCAUGGUGCGAUAGAGAUAAAAAGUGAGAAAACAGGAAAGGUGUUCAAGGUGAAUGGCCAUCGUUUAAAGCCAUUUUAUGAAGGUUUCAAACCUUUAGACAUGGAGGUUUUCAAGGUAGAGGGGUUGGAAGAAGGAGCACCUUAG